GGCUUGACUCGGGUAUCAUGUUUUAAUUUGUUUACUCGAUAAACAAAGGGCUGUGUGUUUGAGGUUUAGCUGGAGAUCUGGGCGUAUCUGAAAAAAGGUUGAAAAGAAACACAACACCAAACACACGAUAACAGAGAACACCAGAUUUAACAGUUAUUAUCCGCAGUACUGCCCUGCUUCUGUUACUAAAUUAAAAGGGAGGGGUGAUGGUUGUCCAUCCGAUGGGAAACUCUGUGUGCGUUUCUGCUUGUCCGGGUGCUUUGUUGGCACUGUGUACUUGUGUUGCUCCGGCGAAUGGACCGUCUUGUAAUUGCUAGCCUUCUGAUGCCCUGACGUGACAGUGGAGUAAUGCUAAAGGGAUCAGUGGGACCAUCACAAAGAAGAGCCCAAGGGAUUUUGAAAAUGGAGCACCGCCAUUGAUUCCAGAGCCUGCAGCAUCUCCAUGCUGGUGUGACCCAUCAAGCUCCUCAAGCCUCCACACUCGGCGAUCAUGGCACAGGAAGGCAAGCCCAGAGAACGGUCUCCAUGGCGCUUCUUCUCUCUGUUCGGGAGCCGGCCGGAGCGAGUGGUGCUCGCACGCAGCGACAGCUCCCCGGAGGAGAGCGUGCUGAAGAUCACUAUCACUGAGACCACCGUCAUCGAAUCGAACUCGGGCGUGUGGAACUCCCGCGCCCUCUCCUACCUGGGUCUCUGGUACUUCUUCAGCUUCUGCACGCUGUUCCUCAACAAGUACAUUCUGUCGCUUCUGGAGGGAGAGCCCGGCAUGUUGGGCGCUGUUCAGAUGCUCUCCACCUCCAUCAUUGGCUUCAUGAAGAUGUACGUCCCGUGCUGCCUGUAUCAACACAAAGCUCGCACUGAGUACCCACCCAACUUCAUUAUGAUCAUGCUCUUUGUGGGAUUAAUGAGGUUUGCAACAGUGGUCUUGGGGCUGGUGAGCCUGAAGAAUGUGGCUGUUUCAUUUGCAGAGACAGUGAAAAGCUCGGCUCCAAUCUUCACAGUGAUCAUGUCCAGGCUGAUCCUCGGAGAGUACACAGGUCUAUGGGUGAACCUCUCUCUGUUCCCUGUGAUGGCUGGAUUGGCACUGUGCACAGCUACAGAGAUCAGCUUCAACAUGCUGGGUUUUUCUGCAGCCUUAUCCACCAACAUUAUGGACUGUUUACAAAAUGUCUUUUCUAAAAAGCUACUAAGCGGAGACAAGUACAAAUUCAGUCCCCCAGAACUUCAGUUUUAUACCAGUGCUGCUGCUGUGAUCAUGCUUAUCCCAGCAUGGAUAUUUCUCAUGGACAUUCCAGUGAUUGGAAAGAGUGGACGCAGUUUUAAUUUCAGCCAGGAUAUUCUCCUCCUGCUCCUGUUCGAUGGGGUCCUGUUUCACCUGCAGAGCGUCACGGCAUACGCACUGAUGGGCAGGAUUUCACCUGUCACCUUCAGUGUGGCCAGCACAGUGAAACACGCCCUGUCCAUCUGGCUGAGCAUUAUCGUCUUCAGCAACAGCAUCACGGCUCUGUCGGCAGUGGGUACAGUGCUGGUGAUCAUCGGGGUCAUGCUCUACAACAAGGCCAACCAGUACCAACGAGAAAGCAUGCAGGCGAUCGCCCAGGCAGCUGAUCCACUGGACCUGCAGGAAGACAGUAAAGCAGCUGAGAAAUAGCGUCCGCAGUGAAGGGGUCAGGGUGGGGUGGCUCCUGCUGGAACUGUGCGCGCCUUCCCAAAAGCGUAGGCGCACUUACAGUACAAAACCAAGCAAAGAUACUCGCACAGAUUGUGCCUGCAAGGAAGGAUCACACACUGCGAAAUGGUACAGCCAGCUGCAGUAGAAGUGCCGCACCAAAAAGACGUGGCACUUUGGUAGGGAGUGGGGGAUUGGCAAAGAUCAAGAGUGACCCCGUGCCAGUAUCCCACCCCCUACUCCUCAAUGCACUCCAGGGGGUUAAGUGUGUUUUCUGAACAGUGCAGCUGGCAAGACAGGCAGAUGCAUUCCAUCAUUUGCCACAAGCAGACAGCAAUAAACUGUGGAAUUAAUCAUUGACCAGUCUGCUGUUGAUGCCGCUGUACAGCCAUUAAUGUAAUACAUGUGUUGGUACAUUCCACAAAGUGUGCAGAAGCAGCCGAGUGGUGAAAAAAUCUGUGCCGACAACUGUCACCCUGAAUAUUAAGAGUUUCACCAACCAUUCAGCGACACUAAUGGUAUCCCAAACAUUCACUACUGUAUAAAAUAGUCACAAAAGGAAAUACAAAUUUGCACAAUUGGGUUUAAAACAAACAAACAAACAAACAAACAGAAAAACCACAACACUGUGAUAAUGUAUCUUAGUCUUAAUGAAAAUGGGUUUCGCAUUAAUACCGCUUGAAAGGGAUCAAUCUUUGUCGUUUAGGAUACCAUUCUCACCUCUGAUCGGGAUAGACAGACAGACGCCUCUUGUAUGCCGGCUUUGUAGAUUAGCUUGUUGAGGACUUACAGGUGUGUGGGCUUCAUAAGUGGUUGUAUGAAAGUGGGAUAUAGAGCAGAUAGGUAUGUGGAAUGGAACAAUAUAAACAGUCGAUACAGCAAGUACUCUUUCCAUAAAUGUGUGGCUUGCAGAGUGGAAGGUGGUGAAAGGAAUGGAUAAUGUGCAGGAUCCUCUGUUCCUUUUGAAUGCUCCUAUAACAAUUCAUACUAGCCUUCUCUGACAGCCAACAAAUUAAAUUGCAGUUGUGACUUGCAGAUCUAAAUCAGCUGUGCAGCUGUACAGUACAGAAGCUAUCAAUUAUAAGAUGUGUGCAUUCUACAUGUUAACCGUGAUGACAAAGGGAAAGCUGUGGUUUAAAACAUGACCCCUGACAUUUCAACUCGAGGGACAAUGAAUUCAAACACAUGGCUCAUGUAACUGCUAUGUCCUUGAAUGUGUUGUGCUAAGGAUAAGGAGGCUUUGGGGAUCACAGGUAAUCUGCAGACUUUGCUAGCGCUCAGGUAACGAAGAACUUAACUGAUUUUGUUUUCUUUAUUUUUUUUUGUCUGGUCCAAAUGAUGCACGACACCCACACAAAGUGAUUUAACAUUGCCAUUGGAGCCAGUUCGUUUAGUCAGUUUCUAUAGAUAUUCUGCACAUGUGCCUUUGAGCAACAACCUUUCUGAUAAUCCUGUUGUUUAAAAAUAAAUAAAUAAAUAAAUAAAUGAAAAGCCAGUAUUAAUAAUGGCAAACUUACUAAUGUAAUUUGUUUGCUGUGCAUAUUAACAAUUCUAGCAGCAAUUUCCUGUGCAGUUCCUGAGUUUACACAGGAAACCCACAGGAAAUUAACUGAUUUUUUUUUUUUUUGAAACGCUGGCUCCAAUAUUAAACGCAGGGAGUACAGUUUUAUUGAAAUGUCCUGAAACCAUGAGCUCCUGUUAAGGAUUCUGGUAUAGCUGGAAAAACUACCACCUCACUCCAUGAUGUGUACUAAGGCUAUCAAUGUUAUAGUAAAAUACAUUAUUGCCAAAAACUAGCUAAUAGCUAAAUUAAAAAUGAAGUGUGUAGCAAAAUGGGAUAGGAAUAUAUUAGAUUUGUGAGCCAAGUUAGAAUACCACUUGUUCUUAGCUUCUAGGUUAGACCGCAGUGUCUUCUCUACUGUACAUGCAGUGCAAUGCCAUUUAGUAACGUACUUGAGAUACCACAUCCUUAUGUACAGUGAGGGAUUAUUGUGUCCACAGGCGCAGUAUAUGUAGAUUGAAUGCCUAUUGCUAGAACUAAUAAUGUCACAGUGUGCACGUAUGGCUGUGCCGAUAUGUUUGCCUCAUCACCCUAUGACUCUUAGUCUAGUUUUUGUAAUGCCGUACUUUUCUUCCACUGUGAAAUUACCCACAUGGUUUAGGACCACUUUCCAUGAAACCUGUUAUAUAUUCAAUUUUAAAUACAGUUACUAUUUAAUUAUUCUCAUUCAUACCAUUUUUUUUUUUUUUAACAGCUUGUGAAUGUGAACAAGAUGUUAAUUGAUUUCAUCGUCAGCCAGUGCACCUUGGUAGUGUUAAAAUGUUUUUGCAUCUCUGUUACUGUAAAUCGCAGAGGCCCAGUAUAGCCUCUACAUCAGUUUCCCAGUGAAUAUGAGAAGUGGAUUUUUUCAUUUUGAAACUGUCUUCUUAAAACCUGUGGAUGGAGAAGUUAUACCUUUUAUGUUCCAGGAUAACGAUGUUCAGUGUUUAUUUUAAAUAAAUCUGAGCGUAAUUAACAGUGACCUCCUUUUAACAGUAUCUAUAAGGGCAGUGUAACUAUUGCUGUGUGAAAGCCAUGUAUUCCCCAGGUUUGAUCUGAUUUGACACGUUCAUCAGGAAGCCAGCCACACUAGUUGUGAGUAACAAGCCUCUAAAUUUUGCCUUUUCCCCACAGACAGGUCAAAAGAACAUACAAUGCAGAGGAGUGCAUUUUUCAUGGUUCAUGUUGGAAGUUUGCUUUCUACCAGUAUUGCCUUCUCUGCCCUUUUGUGACCACUAAUCACAGCAAAAAGCACCUUUUUUCGUUGUUAUCGAGGAUUUUUAGAAAUACUGAAAGAAACUUAACAAAUUCACGUCUUGUGACAUUCAUUUCGAUGACCCUGCUAUAGCUGCUGUGUCUGCGAUUGCUAUGGUAUUAUAAACCUAUGCCCUUGCACUAUAAAAGUGGUUUCGUUGGUACAUGCACAUGAAUAUUCUUGUGUCGUAUUAUUUGGGGAAGACCGUGUAGAACUAGCACUCUGGGUUUAACAACUUAAUUAGGGUGCUGCAUCUUUUUUUAAACUGUUAUUAAUCAUAAGUUCUGCUUUUUACUUGAAUGUUUUUAUGUACAUGUAUACGUUUGUAGGGAACCAAUUUAUAUUUAAAACAACCAACAUAGUCAGGGUUUUGGUAAGGAGGCCACAAUUGCAUUAAUGAAUGUUGGGAUUGAUUAAGCAGUGGCUGGUGUGGUUUAAGAUAAUGAAAUGUGGUUAUAUAGUUGCUGUGAAAUACUGUGGACCUUAAAAAUAAAAUGUGAAUGUCAAACAAAUCAAUAAAUGCAUUUUCCCUG